AUGCCUUUCAACGAGAGCAAGAUCGAGAUAGCUGCCUCACCAGCUAAAGUGCGCGAAAUUCUCCUCAAUUUCUCUGCUUACCCAGAAUGGCAUACGGCGUGGAUCAAAUCUAUUGAGAUUCAAGGAGAUGAAAAGACCAGUGAAUCUCUCACCAAUGGCGACAAGGUGCAAGUGAACAUCGAAGGAUACAAAUUCGUUGCUGAUGUCGUGGCAAAUACCGAGACUCUUUUCUCAUGGCAAGGUCCACCUGUUUUCACCAUUGCUGGCUUGCACCAGUUUCAUAUUGAGCCAGCGGAGGAUGGUGCCGGCACCAUCUUCACGCAGUCGGAAACUUCUAAGGGAUUCCUGUCUUUUCUCUUCAGCCCAUCGGUACUUGGAAAGAAGAUGCGAGCCGACUAUGAGGUUUUCAAUCGAGACUUGAAGGCUCGGGCAGAGACCGAGACCUAA